AUGUCUUUUCCAGUAGCAGCAGCAGCUUUGGUGGUGGUCGUAGCAGUUGCGUCGCUGUGGAAAUGGCGGAUCGUGAAAUGGGUCUGGUUUAAACCAAAGAUGCUUGAAAGUUACCUGAGAAAUUGUUCGCUAGCUAUAAGGGAGAUGAAUGGGCAAAUACAGAACAUGGUCCCUGCGUUCUACCACUGUUGCAGCGAGGUUGUAUGCCAAUGGGAGAGGCUGUUUAGUGAUAAAGAAUCGUCUCUUGAAGUCGAUGUUUGGCCUUGGCUUGUGAAUAUGACUGUGGAUGUGAUCUCGCAUACUGCGUUUGGAAGCAUUUAUAAAGAAGAGCAGAGGAUAUUUCAGCUCCAAGGGGAGUUAGCUGAGCUCAUCGCACAAGCUUUUAAGAAAUCUUACAUCCCUGGUUUCAGGUUUUACCCAACAAAGAGCAAUAGAAGGAUGAAAGCUAUAGACAGAGAGAUUGAUAUAAUACUGAGAGAGGAGUCUCAAGGAAAUGGAAUCAGCGUUGAAGAAGUGAUGAAAGAGUGCAAGCUGUUUCAUUUCGCAGGGCAAGAGACAACUUCAGUGUUGCUGGUGUGGACCAUGGUUUUGUUAAGCCAUCACCAAGACUGGCAAGAACGUGCGCGAGAGGAAGUGAGGCAAAUACUCGGUGAUGAUGCUACUAAACCUGAUAUAGAUUCUCUUAGCAACCUCAAAGUCAUGAGUAUGAUAUCCUAUGAGGUUUUGAGGCUAUACCCUGUAGGAACGCAAUUUCACAAAAGAGAUUAUGCAUUGUUGACUAUUUGA